AUGGACGAGCUUCACAACACCAUAUCCGCCCACCCAGCGCCACUCCUUACAUCUUCAACCUGCUUCUCUCUUUUGCUUUCGACCGCAGCUAUGGCGCAAAUACGGGGUACAGCGGGCUACCACCUGGGAAACCAGAGCCCCUUCGGUAACGCUGGACGGAACGAUGGCACCACGAACGAUCCGAGCCCGCUCGAUCAGCUCAGGGAGCAGACGAACAAGAUUGAGGAUUUUCUGGACACGCUGUCCGACCCGAUUAAGCCGUACCUUCCAGCUGUCGGCCGUUUCUUGAUCGUUGUCACUUUCCUCGAAGAUGCGCUGCGCAUUUUGACACAAUGGAAUGACCAGCUCACUUACCUUCAUGACUACCGAAAGAUCUGGAACGGUUUCACCCACGCAUUCCUCAUCAUCAACGUAAUCGCAAUGAUCGUGUGCUCGAUCAUGGUUAUCGCACGAAAGCACUCGGAAUACGCUGUAGCUGGUCUUAUGAGCGUGGUAGUCAUGCAGGGCAUUGGAUACGGUCUGGUCUUUGACCUGAACUUCUUCCUCCGCAACCUUUCGGUUAUGGGUGGUCUCAUGAUGGUGUUGUCCGACUCCUGGGUUCGCAAGAAGUUUGCCCCCGCCGGUCUCCCGCAGCUCGACGAGAAGGACAAGAAGAUGUACUUCCAGCUCGCUGGACGUGUCCUGCUCAUCUUCCUGUUUGUCGGCUUCGUCUUCCGUGGCGACUGGGGUUUCUGGAGAAUUGUGGCUAGCUUGCUUGGGCUCGUUGCAUGCGUUAUGGUCGUUGUCGGCUUCAAGGCCAAGUUUUCGGCAAUCAUGCUCGUGCUCAUCCUCAGCAUCUUCAACCUCUACGUCAACAACUGGUGGACUCUGCACCCCCACCACCCCCACAAGGACUUUGCGAAGUACGACUUCUUCCAGAUUCUCUCUAUUGUUGGUGGGCUCCUCCUCCUCGUCAACAUGGGCCCCGGCCAGUUCUCCGUCGACGAGAAGAAGAAGGUUUACUAG